CACUACCAGGCUCACAAACGAUAAACCAGCGAGCCAUGGCUCUCCUCCACUUCCACUCCUCCCUCUCCCUCUCCCUCUCCCUCGCUCGCGUCACCUCCUCCAUCAACCCUAACCCUAACCCUAAAAAGCCCAACAACCCAACUCCAUCCCGCGACCUCCGCAUCGAUUUCGGCAAGCACAAGGGCAGAAUGCUGGGCUCCCUCCCCUCCGCCUACCUCCGCUGGAUCUCCUCCUCCCUCCGCUCCGGCGACUCCCUCCGCUGGGCCGAGCUCGCCGACGACGUCCUCGAUGACCCGGUCUACAGAGACCGCAUCGAGUGGGAGCACGCCGAGAGGAUACUCAGCGGCAAUAACGCGAACACCUUGCGUGCGUCGACGAACUCCUCCGUCUCGGGGCUGCUGGAGAUUAGCGAGAGGUUUGGGUGGGAUAAUGAGGAUAGGGAUGGGUGGGCCCUGGUCGAUUUUGGGCUUCUGGGGACUUCUAAAGGGGGGAGGAUACCUAGGGUUAGGGUUGGGGAUGGGGGAGGGAGGAGAGCUCUUGGUGGUGAUAAAGCAAACGCAUUGCGGGCGUCUUCGAACUCUGGGGUUUCGGGUUUGUUGGGUCGAGGUAGAUUGAGGGGAAGUGGGAGUAAUGGGUUCGUGAAGGGGGAGAGUGGGAGGAGAGAGGAGAGGAGACAGAGGAAGAGGGCGAAGAGGGAGACAAUGAGGGUGGAGGAGGAGGAGGAGGAAUUAGGGUUUGGAGGGAGGAAUUUGGGUGGUUUGGGAGGGAACCCAUUUCCGGGGCGAGGAGCUUUGCUUGAUAAGAUUAAGAGAGGAGGGGAGUGAUGGAUUUGAUUGGUUAUUUUUGAUAAAAAAAACAAUGAUAUUUUUUGUAUCUUGUGUUGGUGUGGAAAUUGUGUUGUCAAGUUUUAGCUGUGGAUAUAAGCAGAAUCUUUGGUAUGGUAGUUGAAGUUCUGGUAAAAUUCUUGAGAGCUUUGAGAUAACCAGAUAAUCUCUCAAUGUGCAAGGUUUAUGGAAGCACUUGGCAGUAUAAUUUUGUGUGACGUUCUAGGAUAGAGAAGCUCAAGAGAUUGCCAGUUGAUGUAUAAUUGUGUUUCCUCAAUGCAUCAACAGUGAAGGAAGCAAGAGUUGAAUCCCCAGUUUCACUUCGUCUUGCUCUACGAGUUGAAUAGCAUGUCUCAUUUGUGUAAUUAAUUCAUCUAAUGCACUUUUCAACUCCCUACUCAAACCAUCAUUAGACAGAGGAAUGUACACUAAAUAUGAUUGGGGUUGCCCUGAUGAACACUAAUGAGUCUAUUGCUGUCUCAAUAUAAAGAUGUUUAUAUUUCCCCCUUAA